ACAACUUGGCCCGUUAAUGUAAAUUCCGUUCGCGUUUUGGAAAUAUUUGACAGGUACAGCCUGUUCCUGGCGUGCAGUCAGGAAUUCUAUACAAAAGCAUUUGUGGAAUUGAUAAGCAAAAGAGAAUAACAGAAUUGUCUGACUGCACCUGCCAAAAUAGUAACUUUCACUAUAACCAGAUAGGUGUGAUAGAACAUGUUAGCCAAAUUUCCAUUGGAAACACUAACAUAAUACACGUGAUUUGCUUACAAACAAGCUAAUAUAUGACAGUUUGCCAAGGAACAAAAUAGACGAAAUAGGUUCCAAAUAUAAUGUACCCAAUGAAUAGGUACAUUGAAAAUGUGUGUGUCAAAGUUAAAUCAGAUGCAGGCAUAUGAAUGUACGGACUAAAUAAAGUGUUGGCAUUUUGAAUAGGCCUAUUGACGCGGUAUGACGUGGAAGCCCCCCUUGACUUACAUUAAUAUUGGUGUCCCAUUUCAACCCGACUGGUAGAACAGUUCAGCUCAGAUGACUUUUGCCCUAGUGAAGAAACGUACGUUAGUUUUAAAAUGUCAUGACCAUCUGACAAUCUAACCAAAUAUAUUUACUGUUAGCAUAGCAUACCUCCUGUGUGAUUGUCAUUAAACCCGUUUUUAAAUGUCUGUAGCAAAUUGAGUUACAAAACCAUGAUGUAUCUGCAAAAAAGCUACCAUUCUAAGGACUAAGAUAUUGAGUUUUUGGGGAAGUGUCUUAUUUUAAAUACAUUGUGCAUUUUUGCUUGAAUUUAGCAAAUUUUCAUAUUGAUUUAUUUCUAACUUUUUUGGACUAUGAAAACUGUUGCGUUAAUGUUAAUGUUUGUAAAAUGCAUAAUCUGAAACAAAAACAACAUAAUAAUAAUGAUGAAAUAGAUUAUGUACAGAUCCUAAUCUUCAUGAAAAAUUACACUUGAGAAUUUUUUGUUUGUUUGGUCAGUUUUGUAAGAAUAAUCCCACUACAGCAUUGGCCCAGGGUAGGCAACCAUGUUCCUGGAGUGCCGCAGAUACUGCAAAAUGUUGUUCCAACUAGGCACCACACCUAACCAACUGAGCUAAUUGAUCAGUUCAGUCAUUGCCUAAAUUCAACACACAGCUGGUCUUCCAGGUUGGUUAAAUUAAAAACAGGACCUGGGUUGCCUAGACCCUGGCGUAGGCGAUCUCCCUUCUUUAAAAUUUUACCCGCUUUGCCAGGUCAGAAGUGACUGGUCUGUUUGGCUAUCACCUCAGACAUGUUCCAUGCAAAGUUAAUACUGUAUGGAUGUGCCAGCUGUUUAAAAAUCAUUCCCAGGGGCGGUCUGGCAUUUAGGGAAAAUGCUAGAUGGGAUGGUCCAAUUUUAGCUUGUCUAACUUGUUUUUGUUUCUUCACAAAUUAUCAUUAUCUGGCAAAUAAUGGGCCAGUGUGCCUUGAGGGAUAAAACAAAUGGGCCCUGUUGGGGUCUCAAGUAAAAAAUAAAAUAAAAAUGUCUGGUUUGUCAAAUGCCAGACCUGAUUUCUGGUCCCAGUCCGCCCCUGAUCAGUCCAAUCAGACAUCAUACUCUUACUCCCAUCACUCCCUCCAACCCUUUCUGAGGCAAUUUACCAUCUUGUACCCACAUCAGUGUGUCUGACAAAGACCUUUAAUAGAUACAAGUAUUGUUCUCCUUGGGUGCUGUGGGACAUGGAGGUGAAAGAGCAGAGAUGAAAUUGCUUAACUGGAACAUCUAAUUGGUCAUCAAUUAGGACAUGCUUUGUUUAGUUUUCCAGCAUCUCCCCUCCAGUUAUUAUUUGGACCCUUUAUAGAUUAGUUAAGUAUCACAGGGAUUUGUUUAUGUUCUGCUGGACCAGCUCUUUUCCCCUUUACCUGUGUUUGAGAAAUCUGCCAUGAUAAUGAGAGGAGUUACUUUAACAAAGGUGGCACUGUCAAUGCAGUAGGCAAAAAUAGCUGUACUGUAUACAAUGUCUCCCUUACAGUUUGGGAAAGCAAUGUGGCCUCCAUACACUGCAACAUUAGAAGUUUAAAUUUAACCUGGACCUCUGUCUCAAUGUGCAUCAGACAAUUCAAAUCGUGGACUUAGUUGCAUGCGAUAUAACGCUACUUAAUAGUCAAGGAUGUAUCAUGCGAUAUUGGGAAUCUACACUUUACAGACCUAGUGGAAAACAAAAGUAAACCUUGAAUUUGGAGGUUUAAAAUAUCCCUUUAAAACUCUGAACUAUCAAAUAAGCCUAAUAAGUUUGAAAUGGUCAAAAUAAAAUGCAUUCCCAUACCAUUUAUUACAGAGAAUCAGACACAUUAUAUUGCCCUCUGCCUAUUGGCUACUAAUCUUAUUUAAGUGUGUCUUAAAAUGCAACACUGCCCCUUUAAGACAGAAAAAAAGCUCUUUACAUGACUCACUUUUCAAAGAUGUCUAGAAAUGUAUACGUUUUGUGCUCUUGUAGGAUGCAAUCACUCCCCUAUUGCUGAGUAAAAAUGAUCUAUAACUAGGCUAAUAACUCACUAAUUAGCAAAGGAUAUCAACAAAAUGUGCACACUUGGCUACAUGCAAUUCUCGCUUUGAUCUCAAAACAAGUGCAUCUACUCAUGACUGCUCAUGCUGUAAAUGCGGUCCAGUUCAAUGUAAAUGGCACAGAUCCAUAUAUGGCAAUGGUCUAUUUGCGUAUAGGCCUACUGCAGCUCUGAUUGUUUCUGCCUCGCUGGUCUGUGUAGAGUACGGGCUGAGUAGUGUGUUCUGCCUACAACAAAAUCUCUUGCAUAGUUUGUUUUGUUUCGGUAUUUUGAAUUGAAAGUGAGUAAUAUUGCGUGGAUUUGAUCACAAUUGCCACAGUAAAGGGAAACGUCGAAAGUGUUAACAGGGAAAACUCUAGAACAAUGGUCACCAAACUUUUCUGAAUCAAGAUCACUUUUGAGUCUAAAUGCAAGAUGACUUAGUUAACCUAUACAACAUUAACCUAUUAUAAACAGUACUAUAGCAAUGAGGUUUGUGCAGUAAGCUAUAGGCCCAAUACAUUAUCACCCCAUAUUGUUCAUUGUUGUAUUACUUGUUAAGCACAGUUGAGUGAGCAUACAUUUUAAAUAAUUAGCUUUAUAUUUUUUCAUUUUACUGGGCUGAUGUUGCCUACAUCUGAUGGUCAGUCUAAGCUGAGGAAGAGUGCAGUAGAGUUUGUACCUUCAGACACAUGAAAUGGUUCAAAAUGGCAACAGUUUAUCUACCCAUUUACAGAAAUGUUUGGAGAUCGACCAGUCAGUGAUCACUGCUCUAGAAAGUUGAGUGAAGUUAAAUCUCGUGCUUCUCUCUGUGGGCUGAUAUUUCUGCGCCACACGCGUAGCUUAGAGGGAACAUUGGUCAGGACUGCAAUUACUAAGGUUCUUUAGAAGUGUCACUUUGAAUUCCACAGUAGAUUUGUUUCCUGCUGUUGGUCUAUCGAUUUUAUUUUCUCACCGUUUUUAUUCAUCUUCACCUGUGCACAAAAUGACCUUGGAGGAUCUGAAUGGCACUCUGAAGAGUCUGCUGUCUGAGUGGUUCUCUGUGGGUCUGCUGCGUCUGGAGAGGAUCACCUGGCAGUCCCCCUGUGAGAUACUGCAAAAGAUCAGCCAGUACGAAGCUGUGCACCCUGUGAGAAACUGGACAGAUAUAAAGCGUAGAGUUGGGCCGUACCGUCGCUGCUAUGCCUUCACCCACGCUGCCAUGCCAGGAGAGCCACUGGUUGUCCUGCAUGUGGCACUCACAGAGGACAUCUCUGAUAACAUACAGAGUAUCGUGAGAGAGUUUGCUACCCUGGACUUGGAGGAGGAUGUGAACAAAGUCAAUACAGCAGUGUUCUACUCCAUCUCCUCCACCCAGGCUGGCCUGCAGGGGGUGGAGCUAGGGAACGUCCUCAUCAAGAGAGUGGUGCGGGAGCUACAGAGUGAGUUUCCCCACAUGUCCCAGUUCUCCAGCCUGUCUCCCAUCCCGGGCUUCUCCUCCUGGCUACAGGGCCUGCUCAGCCAGCACCGGAAGGAGGGCCGCAUGGAGCUGCUAACUGACUGCGAGUGGAGGAAGGUGGCAGAUGUCACAAACACAACCCCUGAUACCAACGCCCUGGAUGCCCUGCGUAAGCUGAUCAGCACCGGUGACUGGACCCGUUCUGAACACCUGGUCCACGUCCUGGAGCCCGCCCUGAUGCGCCUCUGUGCCUGGUACCUCUAUGGAGAGAAGAGGCGCGGCUAUGCCCUAAAUCCUGUGGCCAAUUUCCACCUGCAGAACGGCGCCACCAUGUGGAGACUGAACUGGCAUGCAGACACCAGCCCGCGUGGAGUGGCCAACUCCUGUGGCAUCAUGGUGAACUACAGAUACUUCCUGCAGGAGACCACGUCCAACAGCGCUGCCUACAUGCACAACAAAAUCAUCACAGCCACAGAGCAGGUGCUGGGCUUGGUCUCACAGUUUCAGAAGAACAGCAAACUCUGAGCUCCAUGGACACAUAUGUACACCCACACUUGGUAUUAAAGAUGCCUCUAGGUCCAGGACUUGCUGGCUUCAUGGUGGCUCUGAUCUAAUUUAACAAAACACGUUGAAAAGCGUCAGGACAAUUUGUGGCAUGAUAUCAGUUGUUCUAUUCUUUUUGCAAUCUAGCCCAUGUAGUGCAUGGAUUUUCCUCUCCCUUCCUGAGGUGGGUAUGUAGUGUUAUCAUCGCCGAUAGAGACUCCCAGUGUUUUAUGGUGUGAGAGACUGCAGCUAAUGAAGCGAGAGACAUUUAUCAGGUCGUGCCAUGUUUCUGCUUGACAAUGUGUGAUGCUGUAGCACAGAAAAUAGGCUGCAGAGCAAUUGGAAUAAAUUAUGUCUUUGAUUUUUUUCA